CCCGCGCCCGCCGCCUCCACUCGCAGCCACUCGCCGCUGCUCGCCCGGCCAGCCAGCACGCUCGCACUCCUCGCGCCGCCGCCAUGGGUCGCGGAACCGCACGAGCCCCGGCGCUGCGGCUCCUCGCGCUGGGCGCGCUGCUGUGCCCGGCGGCUGGCGCCUGGGAACUCACCAUCCUGCACACCAACGACGUGCACAGCCGGCUGGAGCAGACGAGCGAGGACUCGAGCAAGUGUGUCAACGCCAGCCGCUGCGUGGGCGGCGUGGCGCGGCUCUUCACCAAGGUGCAGCAGAUCCGCCGCACCGACCCGCACGUGCUGCUGCUCGACGCUGGCGACCAGUACCAGGGCACCAUCUGGUUCACCGUGUACAAGGGCGCCGAGGUGGCGCACUUCAUGAACGCCCUGCGCUACGAUGCCAUGGCACUGGGAAAUCAUGAAUUUGAUAAUGGUGUAGAAGGACUGAUUGAUCCACUCCUCAAAGAAGCCAAAUUUCCAAUUCUGAGUGCAAAUAUUAAAGCAAAGGGGCCACUAGCGUCUCAAAUAUCAGGACUUUAUAUGCCAUAUAAAAUUCUUCCUGUUGGUGAUGAAGUUGUGGGAAUUGUUGGAUAUACUUCAAAGGAAACCCCUAUUCUCUCAAAUCCAGGAAGGAAUUUAGUAUUUGAAGAUGAAAUCGCUGCAUUGCAGCCUGAAGUUGAUAAGCUGAAAACUCUAAAUGUGAACAAAAUUAUUGCACUGGGACACUCUGGUUUUGAAAUGGAUAAACUCAUCGCUCAGAAAGUGAAGGGCGUGGACAUCGUGGUGGGAGGACACUCCAACACAUUUCUUUAUACAGGCGCUCCGCCUUCCAGAGAGGUGCCGGCUGGGAAGUACCCAUUCAUAGUCACGUCUGAUGAUGGGCGGAAAGUUCCUGUGGUCCAGGCCUAUGCUUUUGGCAAAUACCUAGGCUGUUUGAAGGUUGAGUUUGAUGAGAAAGGAAACGUCAUCGCUUCACAUGGAAACCCCCUUCUUCUCAACAGCAGCAUUCUCGAAGAUCCAAGCAUAAAAGCAGACAUUAACAAAUGGAGGAUAAAAUUAGAUAAUUAUUCUACUCAGGAAUUGGGGAAAACAAUUGUCUAUCUGGAUGGCUCUACUCAAUCAUGCCGCUUUAAGGAAUGCAACAUGGGCAACCUGAUUUGUGAUGCUAUGAUUAACAACAAUAUUAGACACCCGGAUGAAGUGUCCUGGAACCAUGUGUCCAUGUGCAUUUUAAAUGGAGGUGGCAUUCGGUCCCCCAUUGACGAAAGGAACAACGGCACAAUUACCUGGGAGAACCUGGCUGCUGUGUUGCCCUUCGGGGAAACCUUUGACCUGAUCCAGUUAAAAGGCUCCACGCUGAAGAAGGCCUUUGAGCACAGUGUGCGCCGCUACGGCCAGUCUACUGGAGAGUUCCUGCAGGUGGGCGGAAUUCAAGUGGUGUAUGAUCUUUCCCGAAAACCUGGGAACAGAGUGGUCAAAUUAGAUGUUCUUUGUACCGAAUGUCGAGUGCCCAGUUAUGAGCCUCUCCGAAUGGAUAAGACAUAUAAGGUAGUCCUCCCAAGCUUCCUCGCCAAUGGUGGAGAUGGAUUCCAGAUGAUAAAAGAUGAGGCAUUAAGACACGACUCUGGGGACCAAGAUAUCAAUGUGGUUUCUGGAUACAUCUUAAAAAUGAAAGUAAUUUAUCCAGCGGUUGAAGGUCGGAUCAAGUUUUCUGCAGGAAGUCAUUGUCAUGGAAGCUUUUCUCUAAUAUUUCUUUCAUUUUUGGCAGUGAUCAUUGUUUUAUACCAAUAGCCAAAAAUUCUUCUUCCCAUUAAUGUGUGGAACUGCAUUUUUUUCCAAGUGAGAUUCAAGUCUGCCUUUCAGGAACUGGCUUGGUGAUGGCACAGACCAUCUUGCAGGCCCCCAGAAGCUGAGCUUAGAAGAUUGUUGAAUGAAGACACUGACAUCAUCACACAGGACCAGCAAGUUAAUGAAUACACAGGAAAAAAAAUGAAAAUGAGCCCUCUGACAGGAAGGCCAUCUUUAGUUUACAUGUGCAAAUUUUAAUAAAAUUUUAUUAACAAUCUUAAACCACAGAAAUCAUUAUUCUCCUUUAUAUCCACUUUAAUUUACCAGACAACAAUGUUUACAUUUUAUCAUUUACAAGGGAGUUUUAAGCACAUUAUCUUAUUUGAUGCCUGUAACUUCAGUGGACAAGGAAGGAAUUUCCUGUUUGACAGAUGGGAAACUGAAGCUCAGAAAGAGCAGACUUGUUCAAGGCCAUACAGCUGAAAGUGAUAGAUCUAAGACCUGCACCCAGCUUUUCUGACCUCAAGUCCAGCACUCUUUCAACUACAUCCAGUUACUGUUCGGAAUGAUACUUAAUGGCUUCCUCUCUUCAUAACUAUCAACAGCAUCAAGCUCCUGGAUGAUAAGUGUCUGCUUUAUUUCAGGUCUCUACAUUUUCCUUUUUAGAUCCUGUUGUUAUAGUGAGUUUAAUGGACUAACACAGGGUAGCAUUCUCUCUUGUACCACCCAUGUGCCUUUAAUGAGUCAGGAAACAAACAGUGCAGCAGAUGAUGGGAAAGGCAAAAAACAGUCCAGGGUCAGGAAGAAAGGGAAGGGAAGAACAGGACACCCAGGAUGUAUUUACAUUACAGAAGAAAAAGAGCUAAAGGGCACUUAGAUUUGUUAAGGAGAUAUUUGUUAAGGAGUAGCAGCAUAGUGCCUGACAUGUGGUAUUAGCUGUUAAUAAUUUUAUGGGAUUCCAUCAACUCUGCCUCUGUGCUCUUUCCUUCCUUCUUUCAAUGUAAAGGUAUCAUUAAAGAACCUUCUAAGACAAGGUGUAAUUCUAAACCUGCACCUGUCCCUCCCCAGCAAGAUGCCAGCACUGUACUCUAGUCACACUACACACACACACACACACACACACACUCUCUCUCUCUCUCUCCCUCCCUCCCCACCCCCACCCCAG